GGAAGCCGAUGAUGACGCAGUUAGAAAGCGCCGAAUCGCUAGCAGUCCAACCAACAGCUAUAACAGCGUUUUUGACAGAUUCUUCUGAUUUGUGCUGAUGUCGGCGCGUGCCAGAUGGUCCAGGAGCCGGGCCGGCUCUGCUUAGUGCUCCUUCUUCACCUGGGUGAGCCAUCAUGGCGGAGGAGGAAGGCAUUGUGACAGAGCAGAUGGAAGAGGCUUCGGGUGGACUGUGCUGGCUGUCAGUGCUGUCCUGCCUGCUGCUUGCCUGCUGCUAUGUUGGCAGUUUAUAUGUCUGGAGGAGCGACCUGCCCAGGGAUCAUCCUGCGGUGAUAAAGAGGCGCUUCACCAGCGUCCUGGUCGUGUCGGGCCUUUCGCCUCUCUUUGUUUGGGCAUGGAGAGAAUUCACAGCAGUCAAGACUGUCUCACCAUUGUUGGCCCUGUUGGGCAUUCGCCUUGAAGGUUUUAUUCCUGCGAUUGUUCUGCCUCUGCUGCUGACUAUGGUCCUGUUUCUGGGCCCACUAAUGCAGCUGUCCAUGGACAGUCCCUGGAGCUUCACAGAUGGUGUUCGUGUGGUGCUUGACCCGUGCUUCUGGACGCUGUGCCUCAGCGACAUGCGCUGGUUGAGGAAUCAGGUGGUGGCACCACUGACAGAAGAGUUGGUGUUCAGAGCCUGCAUGUUGCCCAUGCUGGUGCCGUGUGCCGGUCCUUCCACUGCCAUCUUCACCUGCCCUCUGUUUUUUGGAGUGGCUCAUUUUCACCAUGUCAUAGAGCUGCUGAGGUUCAGACAGGGCACGCUGUCAGGAAUUUUCUUCUCAGCAGUGUUUCAGUUCUCCUACACAGCAGUGUUUGGAGCUUACACUGCAUUCAUCUUCAUCAGAACAGGUCACCUGAUUGGUCCGGUUCUCUGUCACUCCUUUUGUAACUACAUGGGUUUCCCAGCCAUCAGCACUGCACUGGAGCACCCCCAACGCCUCGCCAUUUUAUCAUCCUACCUGAUGGGAGUUCUUCUCUUUUUCAUGUUGCUCUUUCCUUUAACAAACCCUUCUUACUAUGGCGUCCCCACCCCAGUCUGCACCCUCACCUCAUCCCCCAGCUCUCUCUGUUUUUCCUGACCCCCCGCCCUUUCUCUACCUACACAGGCUUAUCUGCUUUUGUCCUGUUGCUGUACAAUAUUUAGGCAAUCAAGGGUUUGGUAUGUUUUAAGGGUGAACUGGCGCUGAUGUCCUUUACAAAUUGACUGGACAGUGCUGACAGGUUUGGGGGUUAUAAUGAGCCAAAUUUCUAAGUAAGCGUUAUUUAUGGUUUCCUUUAUACGAAAGGCAGUCACAUCUCAGAAUGUGUUGAAACUAAGGUUAAUGCUCCGGGGAAUGUUCUGUUCCUUCACUGACCUGAUGACCGGAACACAAAUCAUCUUCACGACUCAUGGUUUUUUAUGUGCUUCCACAAACUUUGAGUCAAACUUAGUAAAGGCUUAUUUGGUGAAAUUUUCCAGUUUUUUUACAAAAAAAAAUUAUUAUGCAGCUUUCAGGCCUGUGAGGUAAUCAGAUGCUUUAUUUUGCUGUUAUCUUGAUUCGUUGGGACAACCAAACAAAUGGUGAUGAUUGGGUUUGGCCUUCAUCCCUGCUGUAUGAGUCGGGUCAUAGGAGGAUCUAAAGCAGGUCCAGGUUUUGUUGGCUGCUCCAUAAUUCAUGCUACUUGUUAUGAGCGACACUUUCCCAUUUGACUGCAAUCGGACAUCUUCCGCAGGUUUUCUGUUAUCUCUGGCUGUGUGAACCUUCCGGAAGAAUCAUUACUGCUGUAGCUGCACUGAAGUACAGGAACAGGAAUUCUGUCAUUGGUAGUAUAUUCUGCAAGAUAUCUAGUUUAUUUUUAUAUUUAUGGUUUGAUUUUUAGCAUCAGUUUUUUUUUGCCACUUUGUUUUUAAAGCGGAGGUUCAAUCUUUAAUAUGUCCUAAGUUUAGUCAUAUUCAGUCAAUUUUAAUAUUAUUGAAGAGUUCAUUUAUUUCAAUAACUCAAUUGGGGGAAGCACAUUAUAUAGAUUACAUACAGA